AAAAUCUAUUUUCCUAUUCCCCCUAUCGAGCCGCUGGAUCGACCGAUAACGUCGACCUCUGACGGCAUAUCUCCGCCUUGCGAGGGCAAGGGGUCGACCUUGAACGCGCCGGAGGCUUGGAAGUGGUCGCAGGAUUUCCGGAUCUCAUCUCCGAUCCGUUGCAGUUAGAUCUUAUAGUUUCCUUUCUAAGAAAGAGCUAUUCUGUUGUUUCGUUAGGCUCUGGGAUGACGAUGAAUGCAGCUGCGGCCGCGCCUGUGAUUCGGUCGCCUUCAUUAACGGACAAUAAACUGUGGUCUAGAGGUAGGAGUUCCGCGGUACGUAGUUCUUCUGCUGGUUGGUGUUCAAGGGGCUCUACUCGGUUGGAUUGCUUGCGGACAAGGUGGUGGGUGCGUAGGCCGAAUGUUAGGGCAACGGAGCGAUCGUUCGGGAAGGGUUUGAGGAACAUGAGUACUAGGGCGGUUGUUGCCUCUGAUAUGGGCGCGGAGGAGGAGGUCGGAUACAGCAGGUGUUUUCUUAGGCCCCGGAGUGAAGAAGAGCUACUUCUUUGUAUAAGGAAGGAAGUCGAGGCUAGAAAGCUUUCACCAGAUAUUGCUAUUAGACUAGAAGAACUCUAUUAUAACUAUCGAAAUGGUGUUAUGCAAAGUAGAGAUCCUAGUUCAAGAGAGAUUAUUUUAUCUAAUAUGACAGUUGCGUUUGAUCGUAUUCUCUUGGAUGUAAAGGAACCUUUUAACUUUUCACCUUAUCAUAAGGCAAUACGAGAGCCUUUUGACUACUACAUGUUCGGUCAGAAUUAUUUGCGGCCAUUGGUAGAUUUCAGAUCAUCAUAUGUUGGCAACCUUUCCAUUUUCUUAGACAUGGAAGAGAAGCUUAAGCAGGGCCACAACAUUAUUUUGUUCUCCAAUCAUCAGACAGAAGCAGAUCCAGCAAUAAUUGGAUUAUUGCUUGAACAAGCAUUUGCAUAUUUCGCUGAGAAAAUUGUUUUUGUCGCAGGAGAUAGAGUAGUUACAGACCCGCUUUGCAAGCCUUUUAGCAUGGGAAGAAAUCUUCUUUGCGUAUACUCAAAGAAACACAUGCAUGAUAUUCCUGAGCUUGUUGAAAUGAAAAGAAAAGCAAAUACUAGAAGCCUCAAGGAAAUGGCUUUGCUACUGAGGGGCGGAUCACAGAUAAUAUGGAUUGCACCAAGUGGUGGUAGGGACCGCCCUAAUCCACUCACAGGAGAAUUGCAUCCUGCACCAUUUGAUCCAUCAUCAGUGGACAAUAUGAGGAGGCUUGUGGAUCAUUCUGGCGUAGUAGGGCACAUGUAUCCCCUUGCGUUACUAUGCUAUGAUAUCAUGCCUCCACCACAAGAGGUGGAAAAACAAAUUGGUGAGAGAAGGAAAAUUUCAUUUCAUGGAGUUGGUUUAUCUGCGGGUCUAGAGAUGAACUUCGAUGAAAUCAUGUCUAGUUGCGAGAACCAUGAACAGGCUAAGGAGGCUUUUUCCUUGGCAGUGUACAAAUCUGUAAUUGAACAAUACAAUGUGCUUGAAUCUGCUAUUUAUGGACAUCAAGGACUAAAUGCGUCAAAUUCUACCAUCUCACUUUCACAACCAUGGUUAUAAUCUCUUUCAGAGGGAUUUUUUGUGGCUAGAUUUUUGUUGAUUCCAUGGCACUAUCUCUGGGUAAUAACUGAUCAGAUGGCAUAGCACAAAAGCAAUAUUCUUUAGUCUUUGAAGUUUUCCCGUGGCAAUAGAUGGUAAGGAGAUCUAUAAGUUGCAUGAUACGUCAGUGGACUACAUCCAGCUGAAGCACAGCGGAUUGAGACUUAAGAAUGGAUUGGCGAUUCAUAUUUUUACAUCUGAGAAUUAGAAAUAAAAAUAUGCUGUGCCUGGUGUACAUACUCGGAUGACACAGUUCAUGGCUAACCACCUGUCUCUCAUAAAGGAGAAAAGGGUUCAUUAGAAGUAGCUCCAGCAUCACUAUUCCUUUAUUAGUCUAAAGACAGUACAUUAAAGGAUUCCCAUACGUUUACGUUGUCCUAAAGCGUACGCCGCCAUUCUUCUUUAUACAGAUAUUUUGCAUUUACCCUCGUCUUGGACUAUAAUUCCAGUUGCUUGUAGGUGGAUAAUAAUAGUAUGCAUUUUUAGUCUCCUGA